AUGGCUCAACUAACAUGUUUCGCAGCCACCGCCAACCCUACCCCUCUUCUCUCAGUCUCGACCUCCACAACCACCAUGGAAACAAACACAACUACCCCUUCUACCAACGACCCCAUAAUAGCCUCCUAUGACAUCUACAUAACAGACUCGCAAAUCCGGCGCUUCCUCCUCCAAUACCCAGACCGCCAACCCACCCAGCCAUAUAACGACACAACCCAGCAAAGGCCGACGGAGUUGCGUCUGAAGCCGCGCGCUGGCUUAGUCGAGGUCGACAUACCCAUCAACACCCAUGUCAAUUAUGACGAGAAGAAGGGCCUUAAGUACGGUAAUGCGUUGAGGCAGAGUAGGGUCAUUGCUGAGGGUGGGACGAUGGGGCUGGCGGGUGGAUUUAAUACCGGUGCCAGAUCGAAGGAGGGUGGUACUGGUGUCGCGGGCGUUGAGGAUAGGGAGGACGAGAUAACGACAGGCAGAAAGAGAGAAACGAUUUUAGCAGGUGACGAUGAGGAAAUGGUGGGUUAUGAGGAUGAGAAGGCCGGAGUAAUUAUGACGACGCAGACGCUGGGGGGAAGGAUUAAGGAACCUGUCGAUGGGGACCCGAUUCACAUGCUGGGUGCUUUUAGAGAUAAUGAAUUACACCUAGCACCUCUAUCCGCAGUGGUCCAGCUCCGCCCACAACUUCACCAUAUUGACGCAUUCGACGAGGUCGCUGCGCGGACUAAGGGGAAAAGCAAACGCGAUGCUGACGAAGAAGGCGGCGCUCGUGCUGCGCAGACGGAAGCUCGUGCCAUUGAUAUGAAGGUCAAAUCUGCUGAGCCUGAGACGGGGAACGUUGCAAGUAAUAAUAACCUGCUUCAAAUGAUGCAAGAUGAAAAGUGGCAGAAAUAUGCAUGGAUUGAUGAGAAUGAUCAACGUUCCUGGGAUAAAUACGAGGAAUAUAUGUUUAAUCAAUCGCUGGAUGAGCCGCCACUGCUGCAGUCCGCAAUUAGUCCCGAAGACUACAUUGAUGGUAUGAGUGCGCCGAGGAUAGACCCGAUUAACCCGGAGAUGGCUGGGUGGGCAAUGAAACUACGCAGAAAGGCGCGGAGGCCGUCUGAUGUCCUCGGGGGCGGAGGAGAAGAAUAG